UCUCCCAACUCCACUUCCCAUAUCUAUCACCUACACUACAAAUCAAAACCAGAAUAGUAGUAGUAGAAGUAGUGUAAGAAAAAAGAAGAGUUCCAAAAAUGGCAGGUGUAGGAGAUCAGCUGCGUAAGAAUUUGUACCUGGAGCAGCAUAACCCAGAAGCCGCCGCCGCCGCCGGAGACUCUGGCAAGAAUUUCGACGACGACGGUCGAGUGAAGCGAACUGGAACAUGGGUCACGGCGAGUGCGCACAUAAUAACGGCGGUGAUAGGGUCCGGAGUGCUGUCGCUGGCAUGGGCCAUAGCGCAGUUGGGGUGGCUGGUUGGCCCCGCCGUGCUGCUCGCCUUCUCCUUCAUCACCUAUUUCACUUCCACUCUGCUCGCGGAUUGUUACAGAGCCCCCGACUCCGUCACCGGAAAACGGAAUUACACUUAUAUGGACGUCGUCAAGGCUCACUUGGGAGGGAGAAAAGUGAAACUCUGUGGGUUGGCUCAGUACGGCAAUCUGAUCGGGGUUAGCAUCGGCUAUACAAUUACUGCCUCUAUUAGUAUGGUGGCUGUGAAAAGGUCAAAUUGUUUCCACAAGAAUGGGCAUAAUGCGGAGUGCUCAACGUCCAAUUAUCCCUUCAUGAUAUUGUUCGCUGGGAUUGAAGUUAUCCUGAGCCAAAUACCCAAUUUUCAUAAGCUCUCGUGGCUGUCUAUUGUGGCCGCCGUGAUGUCGUUCGCGUAUGCGUCGAUCGGCGUCGGGCUUUCGAUUGCGAGAGUUGCAGGUGGGAGACAUGAAGGGACGAGCUUGACGGGGGUGAGGGUGGGAGUUGAGGUUUCGGGGGAGGAGAAAGUAUUCAGGACGUUUCAAGCUAUUGGGGAUAUUGCUUUUGCUUAUGCUUACUCUACAGUCCUCGUUGAAAUCCAGGACACUUUGAGAUCAACCCCACCAGAAAACAAAGCAAUGAAGAGGGCAACUUUUGUGGGCAUCUCAACCACCAGUCUCUUCUACAUACUCUGCGGCUGUGUUGGUUAUGCAGCAUUUGGAAACAACGCACCGGGAAAUUUCCUUACUGGCUUCGGCUUCUACGAGCCCUUUUGGCUCAUUGACUUUGCCAAUGUCUGUAUUGUUGUCCACCUAGUCGGUGCUUACCAGGUCUUCUGCCAGCCUGUGUAUGGGUUUGUGGAAAAAUGGUGCAGCACAAAGUGGCCAGAAAGCAAAUUCAUAACAACAGAGCACCUCAUCAACUUACCUUUCCAUGGAGAGUAUCAGCUCAGCUACUUCAGAUUGAUCUGGAGGACAGCAUAUGUUAUAGUGACUGCUGUGAUAGCUAUGAUAUUCCCAUUCUUCAAUGAUUUCUUGGGAUUGCUUGGGGCAGCUUCAUUUUGGCCAUUGACAGUUUACUUCCCCAUAGAGAUGUACAUCGCAAGGACUAAAUUGCCCAGAUUCUCUUUCACCUGGACCUGGCUGAAGAUAUUGAGCUGGGCCUGCUUGGUCAUUUCAAUAAUCGCUGCUGCUGGAUCAAUUCAAGGCCUGGUCCAAUCAGUCAAGACAUACAAACCCUUCAAAAAUCAGCAAUGAUUAGUACCAAAUUCACAGUAAUCUUAAAAACACCACUUCCAGAAGCAUAUUAUCGUUGAGUGAGUUUGAAUUUAACAAUGUAACAGACAGCCUCAACAUUAUGAAGAUAUGUUUUAAGAAUUGAAAAAAAAAAGAAAAAAAAAAAGAACAAUGCAAAUUAUCAAUAAAAUUCAAUAUCCUUGAGCAACGCUGCAACUACAACUAUCUGCCCCCAAGAACAAUUUUUGCAGUCAAAGGAGCCACAAUUUUCAAAUGCCUAUAGGUAUCGCUAGGCUUUGUUUUUACAUAUAGAGAUGAACAAUGUCACACGGCCGUUAAGCCUUUGUCAAAAUUUCCAGAUUAUGGCAAAACAAACUGCCCCAAGGUGUAUCAGCAGUUAAUAUUUUUCUGUGCUACAUGCUACAUCUCCUCUCC